AUGGCGGGAAACGGAACAACUCAAAUGGGCCGUGGACUCUUCAGAGCCCGCAAGGUGAUGGCUGCGUGCCUUGGCGGUGUUUUGCUGUUUUGUAGUGGACACGCUUGUGCGGACGAGACUCCCGGACUUUGGCGUGAAAAACUGGAGGAGAAAAUCACUGCGCCGCAGGUGUCUGGCCGCGUUGCCACCUGCACGCUGAACGGCGCAGGUUCCAUGAAUGCAAGCCCCGAGGCUGAGAACAUUGUGAUCUCCAAAGGCAAUCUUACUGCCACGCUGAACUGCAACGGUGAAGGGAACGCUGCAGUACCGUCGAAAGAGGGACACGUAUGCCGCCCAGGCGCUACAACACUACCAAAGUGCGAAACAAACUCCGGACACACAGAGCAGGUUGAACUGGCUAAACUUUUGGGCUCCAGCAGCGUCAUAAACGUCAAGAUCGACAAGAGGCCCGCCGCCACCGAUCAAACGAACGAGAAGUGGACCCUGGAACUUAAAGAUUCACAGCUCCCCCUUUCCGAUAAGUCCUUCUUCGUGGGGUGCCAGAAACCACAACACGAAGCCGACACCACAUGCAAGGUGGAGGUGGUUGUGAAGGCGCGAUCUUCUUCCGUCGACAGCAAUGCCGUCACCUGUGCCUACGGACCGCAAAGCAACGGCGCAACCCCUUUGACGGUGGAGAUGACAGAAGAGACCAACAAACUGGCAGUGGACUGUGGCAAUGAGGGAUCUUUUGCACCUCUCGGUUACACGCAGUUCUGCUCCCCAGAGAGCCAGGAGUUGAAGACCUGCCAGACGAAGGAGUUCUCCGAGAUUUUUCCAACGUUUGCCGACACAUGGUGGCAGAAGGCAGACCAAAUGAAGACUGUCGCUGAGCUCACGAUUCCGAAGACAGACUUCCCUUCUGAGGAGCGCCAGUUCCUGCUGGGUUGCGUUCCGAUGGCGGCAUCUCAAGAGAAUGAGGGAAAAGACACUGUGCGAGAGGCUGCUCGAGGAGCUCUUGCGGGGCUAUCGGAAUGCAAGGUUUUGGUGACUGUCAAAGCAGCGAGUUCGUCUGCCGCUCCAGCCGAUUCUUUACACGUGAUUCUCGCAGGACUUGGAGCUGUAGCGUUACUGCUAGUACGCGGAUGUUAA